UUUUCCGGCCGGGAGGUGCCCAUCUCCAACGGGUCGGGCUUCGUGGUGGCGGCGGACGGGCUGGUGGUGACCAACGCCCACGUGGUGGCGAACCGGCGGCGGGUGCGGGUGCGGCUGGCCAGCGGGGAGCUGUACGACGCGGUGGUGCGGCAGGUGGACCAGGUGGCCGACAUCGCCACCCUCAAGAUCAACCCCAAGCACCCGCUGCCGACGCUGCGCCUGGGCCGCUCCUCCGAGGUGCGUCAAGGGGAGUUCGUGGUGGCCAUGGGCAGCCCCUUCGCCCUGCAGAACACCAUCACCUCGGGCAUCGUCAGCUCGGUUCAGCGCGGAGGCCGGGAGCUGGGCUUGGCCUCCUCCGACAUGGAGUACAUCCAGACCGACGCCGCCAUCGACUUUGGGAACUCCGGGGGCCCCCUGCUCAACCUGGACGGGGAAGUGAUUGGGGUGAACACCAUGAAGGUGACGCCCGGGAUCUCUUUCGCCAUUCCCUCCGACCGCCUGCGGGUCUUCCUGGAGCAGGAGCAGAAGCACAAGGAGUCCUGGUUUGGGGGCUCUGAGGGCAAACGCCGCUAUAUCGGGGUGAUGAUGCUGACCUUGACUCCCAGCAUCCUGUCAGAGCUGAAGGGGAGGAACCCGUCCUUCCCCGACGUCUCCUAUGGGGUCCUCAUCCACAAGGUCAUCGUGGGCUCCCCUGCUCAUCAGGCGGGCCUAAGAGCAGGGGACGUGGUAACAGAGAUCAACGGGAGGACAUCCCGGCGGGCAGAAGACAUCUACGAAGCCGUGCGGACCCAGAGCCGCCUGACUCUGCAGGUCCACCGUGGCUAUGAGGUGCUGCUGCUGACCAUCACCCCAGAAGUCACCGAAUAGGGGGCUCGGAGCAGGACUCGCCCCCCCCCCCAGCCCCUCAGAUUCCAAAGGUUGAGCGGAGAGCAGGCCGGGCCCCACAGCCUUGGCAGGACAAUGGACGGGACCCGGCUGGUCUGGCACAGAGCCUCUUGUUCCUCUUGCCCUUCCGUCAGGAGCUCUGGAGAAGGGGCAGGGCAGGGGGCCGCUCUCUCCAGGAGCCUUCAGUGGCGAACCUGUAUCUGUCUGGCCCCUAGAAUGAAAAGUGACCCUGGAGGCACUUAGGCCCCUCCCGGCUAGACGAGUGGCAAGCAAGAGACCCUCCUUGGGGGUGAUCUUUCCCGGACUGCCAUCUUGCCUGGCCUGUCCCUUGGAAGAGGGACCCUUCCCAUGAAGUCUUCUGGACCCCGGCCACCCGGGUGUUUGGAACCCUCUUGGGCACAUCCUUGAAGGCGAUGGGGGUUUCUGCCCUGCGUGCGAGGGAUCCCCCAGCCCUUUCCCACGGGCUCUGAAAGGAGCCGAGGAGUCUCAACCCAGAGCAGCAGCAGCUCUGCGGUCAGGAGGAAGCCGUGCUUCGUACCAGCCUGUCCCAUCUGCAGAUACCGCCUCCAGGCUGGGGACGUUGGGAACCGGAGUCCAGCAGUUGUGACAGCUGUGAACUUCGGGAAGCCUGAUGUAAGGCUUGGGAGUGUGUUCCCUGAAAUCAAUUACAUUUUUCAAGACA